UAUCUUAAGAAAGCCAGUUAUCGUUAUCAAUGUAGCACAGAAAUUAUGUGUUCUGGCAGAUUGUAACCAAUUAUUUUUAAGAGGCAAUGUUUAAAAGAGCACAUGCAGAUCUAUACCGAACACAAACCACAUGUGUGUGAAAUUUAGAUUUCAUAUUGUCGAAAAUGUAAUUUAAACAUGCAUAUGCUAAUUCACAUAGCAGAAGAGCCUGAUAUGAUUGAAGUGCGUAAGACUUUAGUUAAAUAAUUAAUUUAGACUCGCAUUUGCUUAUUACAAACCGUAUAUAUGUGAAUUAUGUAAGAAAUAAUUUUGUCGUAAGAGCAAUUUAAACAAGCAUAUGCUUUAACACAUGAAACAAGCCUUCAUAUUUGUUUGAAGUAUUUAAGAAGUGAUUAAUUCAUAAGGUUAAUUUAAACAUGCACAUGUUUACUCAGACAGGAGACAAAUCUUAUGUGUGCAAAAUAUGUAAGAAGUCAUUUUGUCAUACGUAUGGUUUAAAUAGCCAUUUGCUUAUUCACACUGCAGAAAAACCUUUUAUGUGUGACGUUUGUGAGAAGUCAUUUGGUGUGAAAGGUUCUUUGAUCACUCAUAUGCUUACUCACACUGGAGAGAAACCUCAUGUAUGUGAAGUGUGUAAGAAGUCAUUUAGUCAAAAGGGUAAUUUAAAGAGCCAUAUGCUUAUUCACACAGGCAAGAAAUUGCAUGUGUGUGAAAUAUGCAAGACGUCAUUUAGUCAGAAGUAUUCCUUAAACAUCCAUAUGCUUAUUCACACAGAAGGAAAACCUCAUGUGUGUGAAGUAUGUAAGAAGUCAUUUAGUGAAAAGUAUAGUUAUCACAGGCACAUGCUUAUUCACAGAGGAGAGAAACUUCAUGUAUGUGAAGUGUGUAAGAAAUCCUUUAGUGGCAAGUUGGCUUUAAACAACCAUAUGUUUAUUCACACAGGAAAGAAACUUCAUGUGUGUGAAGUAUGCAAGACGUCAUUUAGGCUUAAGGUUUCUUUAAACAGGCAUAUGCUUAUUCACACAGGAGAGAAACUUCAUGUGUGUGAGGUAUGCAAGAUGUCAUUUAGGCUUAAGGUUUCUUUAAACAGGCAUAUGCUUAUUCACACAGGAGAGAAACCUCAUGUAUGUGAAGUAUGUAAAAAGUCAUUCACUCAUAAGCGUGCUUUAAACAGCCAUAUACUUAUUCACAAUGCGGAAAAACCUUAUAUUUGUGAAGUAUGUAGAAAGUCAUUUAGACAGAAAUCUAAUUUAAACAAUCAUAUGCUUAUUCACACAGGAGAGAAACCUCAUGUGUGUGAAGUUUGUAAGAAGCCAUUUCGACAGAAGUGUAAUUUAAACAUCCAUAUGCGUAUUCACGCUGCAGAAAAACCUUAUAUGUGUGAAGUAUGUAAGAAAUCAUUUAAUCAGAAGCGUUAUUUCAACAAUCAUAUGCUUCUUCACAUAGGACAGAAAGCUUAUAUGUGUGAAGUAUGUCAAAAGUCAUUUACUCAAAAGGUUAGUUUACUUAGGCAUAUUCAUAUUCAUACAGAAAAACCUUAUAUGUGUGAAGUAUGUAAAAAAUCAUUUAGUCAGAAGCAUCUUUUCAACAAUCAUAUGCUUGUUCACACAGAAGAGAAACCUUAUAUGUGUGAAGUAUGUCAAAAGUCAUUUACUCUAAAGGCUAGUUUACAAAGGCAUAUUCAUAUUCAUACAGGAGAGAAACAUCAUGUGUGAAGUGUGCGAGAUGUCAUUCAGACAGGAGGGUUCUCUAAAGAGUCAUAUGCUUAUUUAUACUGGAGAGAAACCUCAUGUGUGUGAAAUAUGUAAGAAGUCAUUUAGAGUGAAGUGUCCUCUAAAGACUCGUAUGCUUUUUCACACAGGAGAGAAACCUCGUGUGUGAAGUAUGUAAGAAGUCAUUUUGUUGUAAGGAUAAUUUAACUAGUCAUAUCCUUAUUCAUAAAGGAGAAAAUCCUCAUGUGUAAAAAUGUCCUUUAGUCACAAGGGUAAAAAUUUAAAGAAAUAUAUGUUGAUCUGCACAAGGGAGAAAGUUUUGAGGAGAUGCUAAAUUAGUAUCAAUUUUUAUUUAUCAGUGGAGUACAGAUUUCUGUAUGCAGCAAAGAAACCUCAUCUCUUGUGUUGAAGUCAGUCUCAAUCACAACAGUUGCCCAUAUUAAGCGGUGGUCAAAAUUCUUGGAAUUAACAGAGCCAUUCACUUACAGAAUAUUAUAUUUAGAGACAUUAUAGCGUGUGAUUUAAAGCAUAAUGGUGACACCUUUGUGCAGUUUGUAAAUUGUCAUUUGAUGCAAAUAAGUAAUAAAUCUUUUAUGUCUUUCCAAAAACAAAAAGCUUCAUUUAUGCAAGAUAUAUCUCAAGUCCUUUUUAAGUAAUGCUAACUUAAAGUUAAUAUACUACUUUCCUGUUCUAAAGGGUCUAAAACUGCUUAUACCAAUCUUCAUUGAAAAGAUGUUAUUCAGAAUCUCACUUGAUGUGCUUUACAUUUCUUGCACUUUUUCUCAAAAUUUGAAUCCUUUGCACUGAUUUUCAUAGCUUUUGUUAAACUCACAGUGUUACAUCUGAGACCUACCAAAAUGCAUUGUAGUGCUCAUAUGCUUGUUACCACUUUGAAACUUACACUUUACUUUUUACUUUACACCACUUACACUUUACUUUUUACCAUGGCUAUAUUUUUCGUCCGAUAUGGGUACUGUAACUUCUAUGCGUUUUGUGUGUGUGUGUUUUGUGCAUGUAUGUGUUUUGUGAUGAAACACUGAAGACCUGCAGUCAAAAUACGUAGUUCCACUUUUUUGACAUACUUUUGAGCUAAUUAGAGCUAUUAUCAGCAAAUAUUAUUCUCAGUAUUGCUAACCAGCUGCAAUAUCAAAUGUGUCAAGUGUAUAACACUCAUAAGACUAGAAUAUGGUUAAGGCAAAGGAAAAUGAGGUCUUCUACAAUCAAAUCCUGGACAUACCAGUUAGAGCAACCCUGUGUGUGUAAAGAAAAAAUGAAUCAGUAUGGAAAUUCAUUUUAAUGCAGCAUUCAUCUGUAGAUGAUACUUAACCUACCCUAAAGUUUUCAACACUUGUUUGCAGCUGGCAAAAUUCUGACCCUGAAACUGAACUGAACGCAUAAACUGAUUCUUAGCCUCAGCUGGAACAUGUACGAGUACUUGAUGAGUCCAUUAAUGCAAUCUGAACAUAUGCUUUUGAAUAUUUAUUUGGCCAAGCUGAUAUAAACAUGCAAAAUAUAAAACUUUGUGAUAUGAAGAUUUGACGAGUCAGUCACCCAGAGACAUGCAAGUUAUCAGGAGGUAUUUUGUUACUAUUGCAUGUUGAGCAAUAUGGCACAAAAUUCAGCACAGGAUCUUUAUAUGAUAAAAAAAUAAAAAAUUCUUAAAGUAAAAAAAAUAUUCUUGUUAUUUGUAAUUCCUUUUGCUUAUUCUAAUUGUUUUUAGUCUGUUUAGAAAUACAUAUGCUUAAUUUCCACGCAAAGUUGUCUGUGAUUUCAUUAAAUAUACUGGAACUGAUUUUUCACACUUUGCAGUGAAACUUAAUAAAUCUUAAAUAUAAUUAUUCAGUGUUAUAGGAUUUCAUUGCAAAAUUCUAAUGCACUGUGAUUGAUGCAUUUCCAAAUUUAACAAAAUGAUUAAAAAUAUGUAUACAUAUUCGAAUAAUUUCCUGACAUUAAUUUUUGGCUUAAUAGCAAUUGUGUUUAACCAUUUGAUCACCUAAUGAAUGGGAAAGGA